AUGUCCAACUCGUCAUUAAAACCUUCCACCAUUGCGGCUAUUAGCGCCGGCACCAUCAUCACAGGCCUCCUCGCAUAUGCCGCCUACUUCGACUACAAGCGACGAAACGACCCCAAUUUCCGCAAGCAGCUCAAGAAGGAGUCGAAGCGGACAGAGCGCCAGGCCAAGGAGGAGGCCGAAGCACAGGGCGCCGAGCAGAAGAAGGCCAUCCGGGAGGCGGUCGAGCGCGCAAACGAUGAGGGCUUCCCCAAGGACCCCGAGGAGGUCGAGGCAUACUUUAUGCAAGAGGUUGCCCAAGGAGAGGGAAUGGUGCAAAAGGGUGCGGAUAACGUGGAGGCUGCGCUGUGCUUCUAUCGCGCAUUGAAGGUCUACCCUAACCCCAGGGAACUGAUCAACAUUUACGACAAGACUGUCCCCAAGCCGGUUCUAGACAUCCUAGCCGAGAUGAUCGCCGUGGACACUUCAAUCCCGGUCGGCGGCAGCAAGACACCGUCUGAGGCGGGCUCAGCAGGCGAUCUCGAGUAA